AUGUCACAACUGGAAAUGUCGAUUAAAGCGUCGUUACAGCGCUGGGAAUCCGCCAACCGAUUAGCUGGUAAGGCCGGUUUAAAAACGUUACAAAAGUGGUACAAUACAACAACUGGGCUGUGGGAGACGACUGGAUGGUGGAAUGGCGGGAACUGCCUUACAACCAUCGCCGAUUUUGCGAUUUUUGAUGAGCAGGCUGCUUCCGUCGGGCACACUGUUUUCCUUACAACAUUCGCCAAGGCACAGAAGGCGAAUUUCCGAUUCCACAAGAGAAUUCUCCCAAACGGCUUGGUUGACACCAAUUACCUCAAGCCGUCAAGUGAUGGCAGCCAGUUACAGAAUCGCGGCAACCCUGGCUUCAUCAAUGAUUACUACGACGAUGAGGGCUGGUGGGCACUGGGAUGGGUCCAGGUUUACGACUUGACCGGCGACCCGAAAUAUCUGAACAUGGCAGAAGAUAUCUUUGAGGACAUGACUCGUGGGUGGGAUGACAGCCGGUGCGGUGGUGGUAUAUGGUGGGAUAAGAAUCAAACAGCAUUGGUUGCAAUUGCGAACGAACUCUUCCUGAGCGUGGCAGCGCAUCUCGCCACUCGAGUCCAUCACAAAGCAAACCAUUACCACAGUUGGGCAACAAAGGGAUGGUACUGGUUCAAGAAAACUGGCAUGAUCAAUGAACGGAAUAACAUAAAUGAUGGGAUAGACCUGAAGACCUGCCAGAACAACCGUGGGAUUGUAUGGUCAUAUAACCAAGGUGUCAUUCUUGGUGCGCUGGUUGAGCUCUCCAGGGCUUCCCCUAUCCCCGACUACUCCUUCAUUGCUCAAGCACACACCAUUGCCUUUGCAGCAAUAAACACCUUAGCGGAUGAGAAAGGCAUCUUACACGACCCUUGUGAACCGGACUGCGGUGCUGACGGUCCCCAAUUCAAGGGAAUUUUCAUGCGAAAUCUUCAAAUAUUGCACAAAGUCGCCCCAAGAGUAGAGUACCAAAUAUUUAUCGAAGAGAACGCACGGUCAAUUUGGCAGAACGCUAAAAACGAAAAGGACCAGUUUGGUGUGAACUGGGUUGGGCCAUUUGCGGGUCCUGCGCUUGCAUCGACCCAAAGCUCCGCACUUGAUGCUCUGGUAGCGGCGGCAGCAAUACGUCGAUGA